UGUCUUGGGAUACGUUUAUUACAAACUUAGCGGGUAUUGAUGGUUGAGUUGGGUAGUGUGAGGAGCGGAGCACUGGGGGCGACUCCGUCGUCUGCAUCAGUCGUCGCCAUGGAGCUCUCGGGCCAAGGACAGCCGCCGGGAUCACAAACUAUAACCUUGAUGAAAAUUGGUCAUUACCAGAUUGGUAAUACCCUGGGAGCUGGCACAUUUGGCAAGGUUAAAUAUGGUGAACACAUUCUCACUGGUACUAAGGUUGCCAUCAAGAUUCUCAACCGCAAAACUAUCAAGAAUUUGGAUAUGGUCAGCAAGAUAAAACGAGAAAUAACAAAUCUUAAAUUGUUUCGUCAUCCACAUAUCAUUAAACUGUACCAGGUGAUCAGCACACCUACAGAUAUCUUUAUGGUGAUGGAAUAUGCUUCAGGAGGAGAGCUUUUUGACUAUAUUAAGAAAAAAGGAAAGCUGAAGGAAUCUGAAGCUCGCAGGUUCUUCCAGCAGAUCAUAUCUGGUGUGGAUUAUUGUCAUCGUCACAUGGUGGUGCACAGGGAUCUGAAGCCUGAAAAUCUUCUUUUGGAUCACAAUCUUCAUGUGAAAAUAGCAGACUUUGGGCUUUCUAACAUCAUGGUGGAUGGAGAAUUCCUUCGCACUAGCUGUGGGUCUCCAAAUUAUGCUGCCCCUGAAGUGAUCUCUGGAAAACUUUAUGCUGGGCCUGAGGUGGAUGUUUGGUCAUGUGGCAUCAUCCUGUAUGCUCUUCUCUGUGGCACACUGCCUUUUGACGACGAGCAUGUGCCAACACUAUUCCGCAAAAUCAAGUCGGGUGUGUUCCAAAUACCAGAUUACCUAAAUCAGAGUGUGGUGCGCUUACUUUUGCACAUGCUAAUGGUGGAUCCCAUGAGGCGGGCAAAUAUUGAAGACAUCAAAAAGCAUGAAUGGUUCCAGAAAGACCUUCCAGCAUAUCUCUUCCCACCACCAUAUGAUCAUGAUAGCUCGGUUAUAGACCAGGAUGCCAUAGCUGAAGUCUGUGAGAAAUUUCAAGUUGAAACAGCUGAAGUACAGAGUGCCAUUGUAUCAGAAGAUCCUCACAAUCAGCUGAAGAUUGCUUAUAAUUUGAUUGUUGACAACAAAAGAUUUGCAGAUGCAAAUGCUCUGUACAGCAUCUCUGCAUUUUACACUGGUGGAUCUCCACCCCCUGCUCCUCCAACCCCUACCUUUAGCCCAUCUGACCCCAAUCCAAGCCCAUUCAAGCCACAUCCAGAGAGGAUUGCACCUCAUCUUGGCAAGAUUCAAGCUGAGUUACGAGCAUCCCUGAGGGAACGGGCUUUGAGUGGUGACCGAGGAGUACCUAAAGGAACACCAGGAAAACGUGCAAAGUGGCAUUUAGGUAUUCGCUCCCAAAGUAAGCCCCUGGACAUCAUGAGUGAAGUUUACAAGGCUAUGAAAGUUCUUGGCUUCGAAUGGAAGGUAGUUAAUCCUUUCUAUGUGCGUGUCCGCCGGAAGAAUCCUGUGACCAGCAACUACGUGCACAUGGCGCUUCAGUUGUAUCAGGUUGAUUACAGAUCACAUCUUCUCGACUUCAAAAUCAUAUGCAAUGAACCUAACGAGAUCACUAUAUCUGAAAAGAAAGGUGAUAUGGAAGAAAGCAUAAGUCGAGGGCAUCAUGUCAUGGAGUUCUUUGAGAUGUGUGCAGCACUAAUCACAGAAUUGGCACGAUAAGACAGUUCAUCGACAACUGCAUCACGGAGACCUAUUGUGCCUUCUGAUCCAUUGCGUUCGUUGAUUGCGUCAUUAUGUAGCCUGUAUGUAUAGUAACUAAUGUAUAAAAUAGAAUAUUAUGCUUGCAUAAAGAAAAUCUGGACUACUGUAUAUUGUGAUCAGUGCAAAUCAACAAAGUAUUAGAUAUAUUGUUUAAUUAUUAUAGAUACAGGUACUGUAUUUACAUUCUGCUUAAUUUGUGUAAUUGUUGUUAAAAAAUUCAUUUUUUUGGUAUAACAUUGCUAAAUUAUUUUAACUAUUCCAUGUUUUAGCAUGAAUAAGUGAUCAUUGUAUUUAUUAAAUGACUGAAUUGAGUGUAGCAGUUAGUUACCAUAAUAAUGUACCUUUAUAUCUAUAAUGCUUUGUUUCUGUUAAGAUCUCAAUUUCCUCACUAAUAUUUUGACAUUUUUGUGGAUAGCACUCGACAUAUGAAGUAAAACUAACAGUACAGAAAGCAUGCAUGUUGUGAAACCUGCUUUGUUGAGACACCAGCCUCAUUAAAAUUGCUCCAAGGCAUCUCAACUGCCUCUCAAAAUUCUAAAGACCUUUUUAAGGUGCACUUGAAACAUCUAAAGGUUUUCACAUGCUGGUUUUACUUCACAUUAGUGAAGCAGUUGCCACUUUCUUUGUACAACUGGUGAGUAUUUGUUUUAGAUUCAGCUACUUGGAAUAACAAGUUCCAAGUAGCAUGGGCUGUGGUGAGCCCAUAGUGGACUUAAUGGGGAGUGGAAAAAGGAUAAUGUGAUAUGAAACACAACUGAAAAUGAUAAGCAGAGCUUGGUAAAAUAGUCAGCAUUUAUUGACGGUAUAAUCCAAGUUGUACUGCAUUUUAAGUUAUUUUUAAUAACUACCCUAGUUAUUUUUGCUCUUGCACAAUUUCAUAAAUUAGAAAUUUGAAUAUCUCCCUAUUAUGCAUAUCAUAAUUGUUGUCCAUUCCUGGAGCUUUUUUCUGCUUUUAAUCUAGAUAAAGUUGGUUUUAUGUAAAAUAUAAUAUAUUUUGUUAGGAAUUUUUCAACCAGUUACAUUAAGUGACAAGACAGUGAUAUUAAGACGACAGCUUCUUGAGUAUACCUUUCAUCGAUUCAUCGUCUCAUAGUUAUAAGGUGCUUUCACUUGAUCAAAUUCCUGUUAUAUUUACUGUUUUUGUCCAUCCUGCUCCUUUUACUUUAUUUUUUUAUUUUCUUCUACAGUAAUCAAAUGGGUAAUUUAAUAUAAUCAAAUUUUUAGUUAUCCCACUUGGUUGCCCCCUAAGGUAACAUUCUGCUGUCAUGACAUAGGGAGUCUUGCAGGGUAACCUUCCUGCAGGGGUCACACACAUUGGUACUAGAGAGUACAGGAUAAGAUCAUCCAGCUAAAUUCACUCAUAGAAGGUUCAAUUUAUACACAUUCAAAGCCUUCAAGCAUUUAUACACAUUCACCUCAAGCUUCAAAGAAUACCUGGCGUGGGUUUCGGGAGUGUUUUUACUCCCCGAGCCCGGCAUGGAGCCAGCACCAGUAAUUAACUACUGGUGGGUUCAUUUAGCUGCUUAUCUAUCCUGUAACCAGGUGACAACAUCUUAUCAACAAUACACCAUACCUCAUUAAUCCUAGUUAUAUUCCUGUAAUUCAGAAAUGUAAGGGGAAGUGGUGAACCUGAUUAAAGAUGGGUGUUUACGUCCAUUGGAAUUUUUGUGUAGGGGGCUCUUGCUUAUAGAUAUUGCUUUCAUGUGUUUGUGGGUAAAAGUCGUGGUGUGUUUCCCAGUUUGUUGCUUGUCUGUUCAGUCGGUGAUGUAUGGCAGUGGAUUGAGUGUGCUAUUAUUUUACUGUGUUCUAGCUUGGCCUAGCAGGUAGGUGAUUGGUGCCAAGUUUUGGAUGCCCUCAAUCUUGUGGGGGUGCAGAUUAUAUAGUUUCCUACUAUGUCCUCACCUUUUGUUGCAGAGUACAACAUUAGGAAAUGCCAGUAGCUGUUGCCUUGGCAGCAAGGCUUCUCUUCUAAAUAUAGUGAGUGGGGUGAACCUGGCUAAAAUGUAUUUCAUUUGUGUAUAAAUAUACAGUGGUACCUCAGUUUUCAUAUUUAAUCCCUUCCCAGAAACGGUUCGAAAACCGAAAAAUAUGAAAACCAAAACGAGUUUUCCCAUAAGAAAUACUGUAAAUUGACUUAAUCCGUUUCACACCCCUAAAUAUAUUAACUAAAAUACAUUUUAUACAGAAUAAUACUCUUGGGAACCUUACUUUUAUUGAGGAUUCUUGGUGGUGUAUGGAAGACAGGAAGUGGGGAGGAGGAGAGGUGUUAGUGUUUGGAAAUGGAGUUCCUUUCCAUUAUAACAGCAGUGAUGACAUUUCUGGGGUACUCUCUCUCUUACGUUUUGCAGGCAUACCUCUAGGACCUGGUUGUGGCUCACUACUUGCUUGUCUUAAUAAGGAUCUGUCUAUAGGCACUUGUUUUUUCCCUAUGUUUUAAUACUUGUGAGACACAUCACAUUGUCUCUAUGAAUGAUCUCUUGUUUUUCCUCUAUCAUCAUCCUCGACUAUUUUCAUGGGUUGAACAUUACCACUGACUUUCUUGGAAUCCAUGGCAUGAUAUAUAAUAAGAACUUUUAUGUUCAGAAACCAAAAAAGCACGAAAACAAUGAAAUUCUUCACAAAGAAUUCAAACGCGAUCAUCACUAGGCGGGAGACACUGAUAAACUGAAGUGCCAAUGCUCGUUGGACCUGUAUGUGUAUAAAUAAACUCUGAAAGCCAAGGAAAACAACGAGAACCAAAUCUAAUUUUUUUGAAGAAAUUGAGCACGAGAACGGAAAAAUACGAAAACAGAGGUUCCACUGUUUAUUUAGGGGUUUAUGCAGUACCGUAUUAUGAAGCACUUCAAUUAUCCACAAUAAGGUGCAGAGUGAAGGGCUGAGCUGGAUACUACGAGGUUUAUGGUUAUCCUCUUUUUUUUUUUCCAUCUUGCAUUUUCCAUGUGUAACGUGUGGAGUUUGAGUGAAUACUUGUUGGACCCUUCUUGGCACGCUACGUAUGAAGCAGCUACAAAGUUGUGGACUCUUGAAUGUGAGGAUGUUACUCCCCCUUUGUCCCCAGAGGGUUAAGUAUAGCGUGCUCAAACAUCAACUAAACCUUUUUACUUUAUUUCAUUGGGAAGGAAUAAGAUUGGGGAAUUUAGAUGUCUCCCCCCGAGGUUUGUGAUGUGUCUGUUGGUAGUCUCAAUUUGCCUUCUCAGGAGAGUGGCUUAAUGCAACUGUGUUGUUGGGUUUGGAGGUUGUUACUAAUUUGUCUUUGGUUGGGAUUACCUACCACAGGUGAUGUAAGAGAACCUUGCUUGGUUCCUUCAACUCUUAUUAGUCCUUAGUAAACAAGGGUUUAUCAUUGUGUCAUAGGCAUAUUGUACCCUACUUCUCAAUUUGGUUAUGACAUUUUCCUUCCUUAAGCCAGGUUCCUCCAUCCUGCUACAGAAGGCAAUUUUCAAACUAACUGUCAGUUUUUGCUGACUUGUUCCCUCCUGACACCUUUCUUUUUAAGAACCAAACCCAUUUUUUUUUUUAUAGUACUUCUGUCAUUACUGGCUAGUAUCAGAUUCCUGCUUCAUUCUGGCUUGCAAAUAACUCAUAUUUGUGAAGAAAUAGCAAAUGUUUUUGUAAAUUUGGCUAUAGAUUCUUAAGAAUGUUUCCAGUUGUCAGUCUUUUUCACAUCUUGGCCUUGUACAUUACUAUUUUGUCAAGAUAUUGUAAGAUUUGGCCUUCCAUCAGCUGCAUAUUCACAUUACUCAUUGACUACAACAUUUUGUUGCUGCAAACUUGAAGGCAUACGCUCUUCUUGUUGAUGUCCUCAAACACCUGGCCUGUCAGCUCUUCUCUGCUAAACCUCAGUAGUAGUUUAUUGGCUUAGUUGAGCUAAGGGAGAUGUUGACUUUAAUGUCUUUGUAGUAGCUGAGGCUAUGCCCAAGUUGUUCAUUCCAAUCUUAUGGAAUUCAGGUAACAGGGGCAUAGGGUGAAAGAAACUCUGCCCAUUGUUUCUCGCCGACGCCCGGGAUCGAAAUGGGGACCACAGGAUCACAAGUCCAGUGUGCCGUCCGCUCGGCCGACCGGCUCCCUUUCUAUCUACCUACCUUUCAGCCUUUGCACCUGAUGGUCAAGGUGAAAGCUGUAUCUCUGAUAUUAACCCAAACACACCAAAGAGAAUUUGUGCCCAUGCACUCAGCCCUAAUUAAAUUGGAAUUCUUGGAAUUCCAAUUUAUAAAGGAAUGUAUAAUAUCAGUAGCAUAGUGCUCAUUCUAAUAUGAAGAAAAAGCUUUGAUAUAGGCGAGAUGCCAAAAGCACUUAAAUCAGAACUAUCACAUAAAAUUAUAGUGUUUGGAAAUGAUUAAUAGUCAAAUCUCCAGCUUUAUGGAGGUUAAUGAACUUAUCGAAAUAAUCCAGGUCAACAUUGAUUUAGAGCAGGAAGAGCCUGCUUUUUGCAAUUACUUAAUUCGUGAUAAUACAUAGCCUUCCCGGUUUGGUGCCUUCUUUUGAUAAUUACUUACUUACUUAAUUCGUGAUAAAGUCAUGUAUGCAUUGCAAGAAAACAAAAUGCAGAUGUUCCAUACAUGUAUUUUGGAAAAGCAUUUGACAAAUGUGAUGUACAGUAUUGGCAUUGAGUGAUAUUUAGCACCUUUUGAAUAUCUAGCAACACAGCUGGUGCUAGACAGGUCUUUGUGGCUUGGCGCUUUCUUUUAGUAAUUACUCGUGGGCCUACUUUUUGAAAUGGUUUCCCUACAGAACAAACCAUAUUAAUCUCUCAUAUUUUUUUCAAUUAAAAAUGGAUUGAAUAUAGGUUUUCCCCUCUUAAUUUAGUUUUGAAUGGUGGAAAGAUGUUCAAAGUUGAUAUAGUCUUAAAUAAUGUAGACAAUUGUAGUAAAUGUUUGUCAGGAUAGGUGAAAAUUGAACAUGGUUGAUUCUGAAUAGAAGUGGAAGUUUAUUUUUUGAGAGAAGUAUAAGUGUGUGUGUUGAGAUGUGAUAUUUGGCUUUAUAUUACAUUGCUCUAGAUAACAUGCAGUGGUGUAUGGGCUUUUUAAUUCUUGCUUGCAUUGUGGAUCAUUCAAGAUGUAAUAAUAAUAAGGUAAUUGCUUCUUUUUUAACUCAUUUUUGGUUUCCAUGAUUUGUGUUGCUUCUUAGGCAUAUUCAGUCUUCAUUCAGAUCAUAACUUUUGUUGCACCUUCACGAGAAUUUGCUGACUCUUGUAUUGAGACAGCGUUCGUUAUUUUCACCUACUUUUAUUUCUUGGAGAUGUGGUUUUCUUGCUUAUAAUUUUGUCUGUAUACUAGUUUCAGUGAUGGUUACUCCAUAGUGUAGCUGUCAAGCCACUGUGCAUAAUUCAUUGGCAGAUAUUUUAUUUCUACACACUGUAAAAAUAGUGUGAUAUAAAUUAUAUCUGGAUUCUUUUAAAUCAGCCGUCGCCAACCGGUGGUCUGCGAGACAAUUUUAUUUGUAUAUUGUAACUAUUUUCUUUAACUGUUAUAUUUAAUGGCAUCAAAUAGUUUGACUUGAAUAACUAUCAUUUCUUGUUUGGUGGGAUCGCAGGAUCUAAAUUAUGAGUUUGGUGAUCAAUGAGCUCCGAGAGGUUGGCGACCACUGCUUUAAACAACCUAUUUUGAUCACAGAAAUUUAAAUAAAUCUGAAAGAUUGUUGUAUCACUUUCAUUUUUACAUUUAAUAACUAAUUUUUUAUGAACAUUUUACCACAGUAAAAUGCUCAUAAAAAAUUUGUUACUUUCAAAGGUUCUAUUUCCAAAGUACUGCUGUAAUGUGUAUCAUGGUUUCCUUUAAGAAAUGUCUUGACUAGUUGAAAGGGAACAAACUGUACUGUACAGUAUAUAGAAGGUAAAAGUUGCAAGUACACCAUGCAGGUAAAGUUCAACAUGUGUUUGUUGAAUGACCUUUUCAAAUACUCAUUUCAAAAUCUGCUUAGUAUCAACAUCAAUAACUCUUUGGUUGCAUUGAGAUCAGCAAAGCACCUUUCUCUUGAUUUAUCUGCUAUGUUUAACCUCCAUUCAUGUGCCUUGUAAAAUGUUUCCAAGUCAUGUAAUGUUUGACUAGGCUCUUUAAUCUUCUGGACCAUCACCACUGAAUAGACGCAGAAGAAACAGCAGUUUGGGAAGAAGGAAAACAGAGGAUGUCUCCUUAAAAAAAAAAAAAAAAAAAAAAGCUGUGAGGAUGGGGACGGAAGACUACCAAACUUAGAGAAUGGUAGACAUAACCCACAAGGCCACCCUUAAAAAUGCUUGCGUAGGAUCCUGUUGAUACAAGCAGGCAGUCUGAAGUCGGGUAAAACCAGGCCCCCCACCCCAAAGGCCCUAGCAGAGCUAGCCCCAAUAGUGAAGAAAAUUAUGCCAGCCAUGGGAAAAUGUCCCUCAUCAAAAGCAAGAGGAGAGUGCCCAGCAGGAGUGACAUGGGUCUUUGUGGAAAUUCAGUUGCCACAUGAUCCCUGACAUGUGGGGGCAGCCCUGUGGUGUCAGUACAGUAGAGUCCCAUGAACAAACUACAAUAUUACACAAUUAUAAGUUAUUAUUUAAAAGGCAAUUGCUAACAAAAUAAAGCACUAUUUAUUAUUAUUUUCUAGUAAAGGCAGGACAAUAAAAAUAUAUAAAUAUGGGUUAUUUCAUUGGGCAAGUUUACCAAGAGUGCUUGACACCAUAGUCUGACUUACUGAAUGUCCAUUAGGAAAUACCUUCUGGUCCUCCUGAAGUUCCAGCCCACAAUGACCCUCCCAGGUAUAUUUCAGGGUAUGAAAAACUUGCACCAAAUUGUAUAGUAUUGCACUGUAUCACUGACCAGUUUCUGUAACUUUGAAAGCCUAGUUAAACUUUUUUUUUUUUUUUUUUUUUUAGGCCAUUAACGAUGUGAGAUAUAGCAUGGAUACACUUGUCCUUGGCUGUAUACCAAAAUUGCAAUUGCUCUCCUCUCAAUUACCAUUAAGACUUAUUCCCUGUUCAGUGCACCAUAUUGUACAGAUUUCCCCAAGCAAGCAUUUCUCUUUUCAAACCAUGUCAGGUUUUAAUUUUAGUUCUGAAAUGUCCAAGAUUUUAACAUGGUUAAUACCUUAUAUUUAUACAACAGCAUUUAUUAAAAUUAUUUUAUUUUUCA